AUGUUCCAGAACGCAUUCCAGCGGAUUGAGGAUGCGGGGGGGUCUGCUUUGACUUACGAGGGGCACAUCAGCAUGCUGUGCGAGCUCCAAAAUCCUCCCAGUGGUGAGCGCCUGGUUUUCGAAGAGCUGGGCGCAAUUGUGGCCUUCAUUGAGUCUCUCUUGAGGAGUACAGUAUGGCAGUCAGCGGGGAGCACAUUGUCAGUCUACGAGCAGACAGACGCUGGGCCACAGAAAGUGCUAGUUUAUUCAAACCAGCCGGAGAAGAAACAUGCUGGGAAGAAGCGCGGGGCCCAAAAGAAAGACAAUGAGGCUCCUGCAGGCAAGCGGUUUUCACCUAAGCAGCACGGUGUUGCUGACAGUGUAGAUGUAGCAAUGGACAUUUGUUCUAAGUUGAGCACGGAGAACGCGGCGACGCUGAAGUUGCAUGCAGAAGUAGAGAAUAGAAGGCAGCAGUUGGAGGUGGAGAAAAUACAGGCUGCAAGGGAAGGGCAGCAAGCUGCCAUCAGAGCGCGCGAGGAUCAAAGGCAUUUUGCGCUCGAGUGCCUCAGGCGCAAGACCGAGGCAUGUGCCAAGAUGUGCGACCAACAGGAAGCUUUGAAGGGUAGACUCUUGACAAUGCAGGAGGAGCGGGAGAUUGCAGAGAGGAUGGAGCAAAGACACAUCCCCCCUGUAGCCCGUCAGUACUUGGACGGAGCAAUGCAAGAUACACAGGCAGGUAACCACAGCGUGUUAGUUGAGGAUGACAAGAGCUCGGCAAACGAAGGGUGGGAGAGCCAUUGUCAGAUCCAGGUUCAGAGCGAAGCGCCACCCCAGAUCAACACCUUGGAUGCAGAGGUCUUUGCGCUACGGUCCAAGAAUACCGGGCCCAGGAAUGCCAAGGUUUUCAGUUGCCCUGUGAGGGACUCGGUUCGUCACAAGGGGCUUGAGCGGGGGCUGGGCUUGGAGCCUCUAUGGGCAGGAUUUCUGGCGGGGGGGAUGGCUGCACAGUCGGAGCCGGUGCAAUCGGCUGGGGAGCAGGCGCGAUUGCAGGCUCAGGAGAGGGUGCAUCUGUGGUAUUUACACAAGGGACUUCCGUUUGUGUGGGAAUUGGGGUGGGAGCCUCAGUUGGGGUUGCAGUGGGCGCUUCGGUGGGGGCUUCAGUUGGUUCGGGUGUUGGAGCCUCAGUCUGAAUUGGAGGAGGGGGGUUUGGUGGUAGUGUUGGACUCUCUGUUGCAGGAGGUGGAGGGCUCUGUGUCUCUGUUGGCUGGGGUGGGGGAGAGCUCUGUGUUGUCAUUGGAGGCGGCUUUCGCACAAAGUAUACAUCUGACGUUGCACGAGCGCACGCAUACGGGCGAGAAGCCAUACAAGUGCAUCGAAGCAGACUGCGAGGAAGCAUUUUCGAGGGGCGACCCCCUGAAGACACACACUUUCUACUACCACACGAAGGAGGGCCAGCAGCGUCGGAAGCGCGAGGAGGAGCGGAUUGCCAAGCUACUCACAAAGGCCGGACUCCCUUUCAAGCGCGAGCAUCAUGUGACCUUUGACUGCUUGGGGGGCUCGUUCGCGCGUAUUGACUUCAUCCUCGACCACAAGGGGAAGAUCAUUGUGAUCGAGGUUGACGAGUACCAGCACGAAGGCUACGGAGUGGCUUGCGAUGUGGCACGAAUGCUGCAGAUCUACGAGGCGUGGGCCAUCGAAGGCAACUCACUGCCCGUGCACAUCAUUCGCUACAACCCUCAUGCGUUCCAGAUUGACGGGAAGCGAGCAGCGGUCACACGCAAGAUUCGAGAGGCACGUCUGCUCGAAGCCAUUGAUGAGGCAGCAGAGAUGGAAUCAGAAGGUCUGUACGUUCAAUACAUGUACUACGAUCUGAAGGACGGCAAGCCAACAAUAAUGGAGGAUGAGGCAUUUACCAUUACAGACUGUUGCCUGGACGCAAUUGUGUGA